ACUGCAGCUAUCAGCCCCACCCACUUUUUGUGCAAACAGCAUCACGCCUCCAGUUUGUCAGGUAAAGGUCGUCACAGAUCAAGUGCUAUAAUGCCAUGUGGCAGAAGAAAUGCAAGUGUCUAGUGUUGCUUUGCUGAGUCUGAGAGGUCUAUCUAGAAGAAUGGCAAGCAACUUCAGCUUUGAUCCACUGCAGAAAACCUCAUCUGAGCUCAGGGAGGUCAAGAAACCACGGGUCUUUGACUUCAACAAGUUCAACAAGCGACACGUUGCAUUGCAAGUGGCUUACAUUGGUUGGAAGUACAGCGGGUUCGCUAUCCAAGACCCUCCCAAGAUCACCAUUGAGAGUUGUCUGUUUGAGUGCCUAAAGAAGACCAAGCUGAUUGAAGAUGUGAGUACUGCCCACUACAGUAGGUGUGGUCGCACGGACAAGGGAGUCAGUGCACUGGGGCAAGUCAUCGCAUUGGAUCUGAGGACCAACCUCCUUAGCGGACCAGGGGUCAGAGUUCAAGAAGGAUCUAUUGCUCACACACGAAAAGGAGACACUGAAAACGAGCUUCCAUAUAUGGUCAUCCUCAAUAGAAAUCUCCCAGAGGAUAUACGAGUGUUGUCAUGGACACCAGUCGACCCGGAGUUCAGUGCUCGGUUCAACUGCACUCAGAGAACAUACAAAUACUUCUUCCCAAGAGGAGACAUGAACUUAGAAUUAAUGAGGACCGCCGCUCAGUACUUCAUGGGUCAGCAUGACUUCAGAAAUUUCUGCAAAAUGGACAUUGCCGGUGGAGUGACACACUUUGAUAGGACUAUAGUGAAGUUUGAAAUCAAUGCUCUCUCCUCUUCAAACCCACCCUCCCCAUACGACAUGUGUGAGAUGACCCUCUCCGGACAUGCCUUCCUCAUGCAUCAGGUGCGCUGCAUGGCCGGGAUACUCUUCCUGAUAGGCAAUGGACUGGAGACACCGGACAUUGUCCAACACAUGCUUGACAUUGAAAAGUGUCCUUGUAAGCCACAGUACGGCAUGGCCCCUCCGGAGCCUCUCAUUCUCUAUGAUUGUGUAUUUGAUGGUCUGCAAUGGCAGAGAGAGGAGGAGGCUCAUGACAGAGUGGUGGCACACUUCCAGCAUAUGUGGACAAGUCAAGUAGUCAAGUCCACAAUGGUACAGUGUAUGUUGGACACCCUCUCCCCACCCACACACUCCUCAUACUCCUCACACUCCACACAUCCAUCACCAAUGGCUAUCCUAAUGCACAGUGACCACAGACUAGGCAAGGGACGCUACAAGCCUCUGUUGGAGAGACCAACUGCAAACACAUUUGAGGAACGCUAUGAACACCACCAGGCCAAGAAGAUGAAGCUACAGCAACAACAACACAUGGACAUACAGGACACUAGUACCUCUAGCUAGCUAUGUUAUAUUUAUUGUCAUUUUGUAAAGGUUUAUGUGUUUAUUUUUGUUUCUCUGAAAAAACAUUCAAUACUUA